AUGGACGACGCAAGAGAACAAGCAACACUGGGCGCGAAGGGAGGAAAGUCGAGCGGCAAUGGCACGAUCACGCUCUACGUCGACAUCAUCAGCCCAUUUGGGUACAUGGCGUACUGGCUGACCAGAAACUCCCCCGCCUUCGAAUCCCUCUCCAACUCCAUAACCUACAUCCCCAUCCACCUCGGCCAACUCAUGCAACAAGCCGGCAACACCGCCCCGGUCCUCAUCAAAAACAAAAAAGAAUGGAUCGGCCUCGAACGCGAACGCUGGGCGAAACAAUUCUCCAUCCCAAUGUCCGACUCCAUGCCCGUCCCCUUCCCCCAAUCCACCGUCAACACCCAGCGCGCCCUCUGCUACAUCGCCUCCCACCACCCGGCCUCUCUCGUCCCCGCCAUCGACGCGCUGUACCGUGCGUUCUGGAUUGAGAGCAAGACGAUUGGGAAGGUGGAGGUUAUUGAGGCUGUGCUGGAGCCGGUGGUGGGGAGGGAGAAGGUCAAGGCGGUGGUGGAGGGGGUUAAGAGUGAGGGGGUUAAGAAGAUGUUGGCGGAGAAUACGAAGAAGGCGUUUGGGGAUGGGGCGUUUGGGUUGCCGUGGUUUGUGGCGACGAAUGCGCAGGGGAAGACGGAGGGGUUUUGGGGUGUGGAUCAUAUUGGGCAGUUGUUGGAGCAUAUGGGGGUGGAGGUUCAGAGGGAGGGGGGGUAUAGGGCGAUGUUGUAG